AUGCAGACUGCUUCUACAAACAUUUGUGAAAGACUGUGCAAUAAGUCUAUCCGUGAAAUUUCCUUGCUACAAAAUAUUCCACAGUCAGCUGUUAGUGGGAUUAUAACAAAGUGGAAGCAACUGGGAACAACAGCAACUCAGCCACCAAGCGAUAGGCCACGUAAAAAUGACAGAGCCGGGUCAGCGCAUGCUGAAGCACACAGAGGUCGCCAACUGUGGCAGAGUCAAUAGCUAAAGACCUCCAAACUUUGUGUGGCCUUUAGAUUAGCACAACAGUGUGUAUAGAGCUCCAUAGAAUGGAUUUCCAUGGCCGAGCAGCUCCAUCCAAGCCUUACAUCACCAAUGCAAAGCAUCAGAUGCAGUGGUGUAAAGCACGCCGCCACCGGACUCUAG